AUGCUUCAAGCAGCUAAAAUUAUUGGAUCAGGACUUGCGACUAUUGGACUUACAGGAGCAGGAGUAGGAAUUGGGGUCGUGUUCCAGGGACUCAUCACAGGUACAGCUCGAAACCCUGCUAUAAGAAAUCAACUAUUCUCAUACGCAAUUCUAGGAUUUGCCCUUAGUGAAGCGACAGGGCUAUUUGCGCUAAUGAUCAGUUUCCUUCUUCUAUACUCAUAA